CUCAGAGCUGAGAGAGCAAGAGAGGAAGAGAGUAUGUACUAUAGCAUCAGUAUGUGACUGCUGGUGCCUGAUAACACUGAUACCUAGCUCCCUCAGUGGACAACUUACUGAGCUACCUUUUUCCUUCAGAGAGGAUGCCAGCCUCCAGGCUUUGCAAGCAAUGAUAGACUGGACCUUGGAAUAGUUCAUUUUACUUAUCUCUUAACAAGCUCCAUCUCUGAAGAAGAGGGUCAUUACUGAAAACAAAAAUUUGCCCUCUCCCCACUAAACCCACACAACACUGAUGAUAUACACAGUUUGAUCCUCCAGUGAAAGUUUGUGAGCCUUCCACAUCCACCCCUUGAUAUCUUCAUGGGAAGAUGCUCAAGAUUAUUUAACCAACAUGCAUUUCUGAGCUGUGGGCUAUUCAUCAAAUAAAAGAAGAUUUCAAAGGAGAAGACAUUUUGGAACAACAGAGGGAGAUUCUAAAAAAGGUUGCACCAGAGGCUCACAUCAAAAUUCAGAAGGCCAGUGCAACAAAUUCAAGAGCUGAAGACGAAAAGACAGCUGAGAUAGUAAUUCUUUGGCAAGAAUUAAGAUCCCUGUGUGUUUGAGAAACAGUAAGAUUGGCUUGGCAGAUUGCGUGAGAGAAGGGAAGCACACAGCUACCAUUGGGCAGUAUAAAAUGGUUGGCUGUGGCAGUCUAUUGUGAAGAUCUCGGAACAAAUACCAGAAAUUUCUCCACUAGUUCUUCAUGAUGUAAAUGCAGUGUGACCUUUCCCCAAUGGGCAGUUAAACCAUGGACAUACUAAAAAAAACAUUUUGGACUGUUUUUCUAAACCAGGCUUCACCUUCCCUCUUGGGGACCUAUUAAGGGAUUACAUCUGAAAAGAAAAACAAAAGAGAGAAGGAAAUCUUGAACUGGAAAGUUAUCCUACAAUGAGAAUUAUGAGCACAUCUUGUAUCUGCCCAGUCCUAGUUUGUCUCUGUUUUGUGCAGAGGUGUUAUGGAGCUGCUCAUCAUGGCUCCAUCAAGGUGACCAGAAAUCAAACCAAACACAUAGAAGGUGAAACAGAAGUGCACCAUCGUCCCAAGCGUGGAUGGGUAUGGAACCAGUUCUUUGUUUUAGAAGAACACCUGGGACCAGAUCCCCAGUAUGUGGGAAAGCUACACUCCAAUUCUGACAAAGGUGAUGGAUCAGUUAAGUACAUCCUUACUGGAGAAGGAGCUGGAACUAUAUUUAUUAUUGAUGACACUACAGGAGACAUCCAUUCAACCAAAAGUCUAGAUCGAGAGCAGAAGACACACUAUGUGCUGCAUGCUCAGGCUAUUGACAGACGGACGAACAAGCCACUCGAGCCUGAAUCUGAGUUCAUUAUCAAAGUGCAAGACAUCAAUGACAAUGCACCAAAAUUUACAGAUGGACCUUACAUUGUUACUGUGCCAGAGAUGUCUGAAAUGGGUACCUCUGUUCUACAAGUGACAGCUACAGAUGCAGAUGACCCUACCUAUGGGAACAGUGCCCGAGUGGUAUACAGUAUUCUUCAGGGACAGCCAUACUUCUCUGUUGAUCCUAAAACAGGAGUCAUCAGGACCGCCUUGCAUAACAUGGACAGGGAAGCCAGAGAGCAUUAUUCCGUUGUCGUUCAAGCCAAAGAUAUGGCUGGGCAGGUCGGAGGGCUAUCAGGGUCAACAACUGUAAAUAUCACACUCACUGAUGUCAACGACAAUCCACCCAGGUUUCCUCAGAAACAUUAUCAGCUGUAUGUUCCUGAAUCAGCCCAAGUUGGGUCAGCAGUAGGCAAAAUCAAGGCAAAUGAUGCAGAUGCUGGCUCUAAUGCAGACAUGAAAUACACGAUCAUAAAUGGUGAUGGCUCUGGCGUGUUUUCCAUAUCCACUGACAAAGAGACACGGGAAGGAAUUAUUUCCCUAAAGAAGCCACUCAACUAUGAAAAAAAGAAAUCGUAUACACUUAAUAUAGAAGGAGCAAAUACACACCUGGAUUUCCGUUUUUCACACUUGGGACCAUUUAAAGAUGUGACAAUGUUGAAGAUCAUUGUUGGGGAUGUGGAUGAACCUCCACUAUUCUCUAUGCCUUCCUAUGUCAUGGAAGUUUAUGAAAAUGCGAAAAUUGGGACUGUUGUUGGUACAGUGGCAGCACAAGAUCCCGACAGCACUAACAGUUUAGUAAGAUAUUUCAUUGACCAUAAUACAGAAGAAGAUAGGUAUUUCAUCAUUGAUGCUAACACUGGAACCAUUAAGACGGCCAAGAUCUUUGACAGAGAGGAAACACCAUGGUACAACAUCACAGUUGCUGCUUCUGAGAUAGACAACCUUGGCCUGCUAAGCCAUGUUCCAGUUGAUAUUAGAAUCCUGGAUGUCAACGACAACCCUCCAGAGCUUGCCAGAGAAUAUGAUGUAGUUGUCUGUGAGAAUGCAAAGCCCGGGCAGGUCAUUCAGACUGUCAGUGCCACUGACAAAGAUAACUCUGCAAAUGGGCCAAGAUUCCAUUAUUCUCUUGAUGAAGGCCUUUCUUUGAAUCCCAACUUUACCCUAAGGAACAAUGAAGAUAACACAGCCAGUAUCCUGACCAGACGAAGGAGAUUCAGUCGAACUACUCAAGAUGUCUACUACCUCCCGAUUUUGAUUUCUGAUAGUGGAAUUCCUUCUCUCAGCAGCAGCAGCACCCUUACGAUCAGGGUCUGUGCAUGUGAGAGAGAUGGGCGCGUUCGGACCUGCCAUGCCGAAGCUUUCCUUUCCUCAGCCGGUUUGAGCACAGGAGCCUUAAUUGCAAUUCUGCUCUGUGUCAUCAUUCUUCUGGCAAUUGUGGUCCUUUUCAUUACAUUAAGACGCAGCAAAAAGGAGCCCCUGAUCAUUUCCGAGGAGGAUGUUCGGGAAAACGUUGUCACGUAUGAUGACGAGGGUGGUGGAGAGGAGGACACUGAAGCAUUUGACAUCACAGCCCUGCGGAACCCAUCAGCUGCUGAGGAGCUGAAGUAUCGGAGGGAUGUGCGUCCUGAUGUGAUGCACACACCUAGGCACCAGCCUUCUUCAAGCCUGAACAGUAUAGAUGUUCAUGAAUUUAUUAAACAAAGAUUGGCAGAGGCAGAUCUCGAUCCCAGUGUGCCUCCUUAUGACUCCAUACAAACAUAUGCAUAUGAAGGUCAUAGAUCAGAAGCCGGAUCUAUCAGCUCUCUGGAUUCAGUCACUACACACUCUGACCAGGAUUAUAAUUACCUUGGUGACUGGGGACCAGAGUUUAAGAAAUUAGCUGAACUCUAUGGAGAAAUAGAAUCAGAAAGAACAACUUAGUUACCAUUCCUGGAACAAAAAGUGUUUUAGUUCCCAGACUGGAGAGAGAACCACAGCAGCGGUAACAAGAAACGAAUACAGUACUUGGAACUGAGCAAGUUGUACACAGUUACUGUAGAAACAAGUGCCCUUUUCAUAUUUGAAACUGGGUUCUUCAACUGGAAGAAAAUCAAAUUUUGAAAAAUACAGAAAAAAAAAGAAACAAUUGUCCUUUGUGUAUAUUUUUUAAUUGCUCAAUAAAGUCUGUGAUACCAUAUCCAUAACAAUAUCUAAAAUAAAUGAAGCAAUGACAUUUUUAUUGCAAUAUGUUUAAACAUACCAGAAAAACAGUAAGUCUAUGGUGGUGCCUGUUUGUGAAGAUAGUUCACUGGAGAGCUUAUGCAGGCAGUUGUGACAUUGCACUUCUAACUCUGCACUAGGCUUGGGAUCCCAAACUGAGAUAACUAAUGGGGGUCAUUACUGCUGUAAUGAACACCAACAAUCCAUUCC